AUGGGGUUGGCUCAGCUCGUUGAGCGCGCAAAGCUCCCUUAUGUCUCACAAUGGAUUAGACUUGUUCCGCCUGUGUCACAGAACGAGGAUAUUCGACCUGUGGAAUCCGCCAGGCGAACAUGGGGCUUCUGGACAUUUCACAAUUACUGGUUGCUGAUCAAUUGUAACAUUGCAACCUUCCUGACAGGGAGUGCGCUCAUCCCGUUGGGCCUGAACUGGUGGCAGGCCAUUAUUGCUAUUGUUGUUGGAAACAUUCUUGCCACCACCGCCAUUGUCAUCAGCUCGCUUGCGGGUGCCUAUUACCAUGUUGGCUUCUCCGUCUACAGUCGUGCGGUCUGGGGCAUGUGGGGAUCCCAGUUUGCCAUUUGGAACCGGAUAUUCUUGUGUCUUGUUUGGUACGGAUUCCAGUCGUGGGUUGGCGGCCAGUGCUUUGAGCUCAUCCUGCUCUCGUGGGAUCCCAAAUACGAGUCCCGCAUCCCCAACCACAUGCCUGAGUCGACGGGCAUGACGACGGCCCAGUUUGUGUCUUACAUCAUCUUCUUCGUCAUCAGUCUCCCGUUUGUGUGGAUCAAGCCGCAUCGUCUGCAGAAGUUCUUCUAUUUCGCUUGCGUCGUGACCAUGAUCUUCUUCGUCGUCCUCCUGAUCUGGGCCCUGGCGACCAUGGGCAGUGCGGGCUUUGGCGACACCCUGGACUCGGGAACCACCCUUCCCAACACGGGCGGGCCAGGGAGUGUCGCCUGGCUGAUGGUGUAUGGCAUCAUGUCGACGAUUGGCUCCAUUGCUGCCGGCAUCUUGAACCAGAACGACUUUGCGCGUCUGUCGAGGAAGCCGAUGGACGCCGUCUGGGGCCAGCUUCUCCCAUACGGCCUCUACAGCAUCUUCACCUCCGUCAUCGGCAUCCUCGUCGUCGCGGCCACGCAGAAGCGAUUCGACGGCGAGGCCGUCUGGAACCCGCCAACCAUCUUUGUUCGCCUAUUGGAGAAGGACAACAGCCCCGGCACGCGCGCCGCGCUAUUCUUCGCCGGCGUUGCCCUGUGCAUCUCCCAAAUUGGCAGCAAUGUCCCCGGAAAUGCCCUGGCUGGCGGCAUCGAUCUGUCGUCCGUGUUCCCCCGGUACAUCAACAUUCGCAGGGGUGCCUACAUCACGGUUCUCCUCAGCCCGGUAGUCAACCCCUGGCAGCUGGUCAACACGGCCACGACGUUCCUGUCGGUGCUGUCCAGCUACGGCGUCUUCCUCGCGCCCAUGACGGGCAUGAUGUUUGCCAACUAUGUUGUGGUGAAUAAGCGAAAGGUCAAGGUGGACGACUUGUACCACGGCCACGGCGGCAGCAUCUACUGGUACAAGUACGGCGUCAAUUUCCGCGCCCCCAUUGCGUGGGCGGUGGGAGUUGCUCCAACCCUGCCUGGCUUUAUCGCGGCCGUGAAUCUAUCCGUGUCGCUGCCCGAGGGCAUGACGGAGCUCUACUACAUCAACUACCUGUACGGCUUCGUGUCCAGCGCCGUCGUCUACUCGGUCCUUCACUGGAUCUUCCCUGCCAAGGCGGUCGAUGACUUUGUCAGGACGGCACCGACGGCGAGGGAAGUCCAGCAGUACUACACAGACCGCUGGGAGGUGGAUCUGGCCCAGGCGAGCCAUGUGCUGUCGGACGACGAUGGCUCCGGCGUGAUGCAUGUAGACCAUGGAUCCUCCGUGAAGCGAUGCGUGUCCCAUGUCUCGCCGUGCCUCCGCCGUGCCUCGCCGUGUCUUGGAAAUUGGCCGACGACAAGACACGGAACGACACCGGAUUGGACGAGGGGUGGCCUGCUGUCGAUGUCUUACACACCCAUCCUGAUCGCUAAACCAUCAGUCAACCAAUCCAACUCCAUCUUUGCCUCGGGUCCGGCUGUUUGGGGUGAGGAUUCCCAUGACUGCAGCGAUCCGACGGAGAACGGAAGGACCAGCUUCAGCAGGCCAAUAGGCGAAGUGGUCACGUUACUCGACGCUAGAGCCAUUAAACUGCCAACGUGUUCCCCGCCUGUCGGCCAACUUGGGGCCAACCGCCAUGAAUCGACAGCAAGGAGCUUCGCCGCCGCGUUCGCCGAGCAACUCGACCUGUCUCUCCUCUGGAUCGCACAAACUCCACCACCCACGCCGCGGCAAACCAAAAACAACCAGCCAGCAAGCAAGCCAGCCCGCCUAGACACGGACCAGCGCGAGAGGCGCCUUCGUCAGACCGGAUUGGCCUCGAUCGAGCGUGAAUCCGAACCCUCCCCCAGGAUCAUCCAGCUCCAGCAUCCCAAUGCUCAGCGGCGCCGACUCGGCCCAGGGCCGUCCCCGCAAGUUCACCAUCCAGAGCCAGUUCGGCCGGGCUCGACAGCCGCGGAGCCGCAAGAACCGGCCCUGCGACGCCUGCCGGAGGCGAAAGACGGCAUGUGUGAUCCCUUCGGAGCCUCCUUGGGACUGGCGUGCAAGUCUUCGCCUACUCCUGAUGAGAUAUCAUCUCAACAUGAGAGCGCCGCCGACAGUACCACUGAGAAUGGAGCCUCCGACGCCGAGCUCGUCACACCUCCAGCCAUGGACUCUUCGCCGAGUCUAGCACGCCGUAGCGUCUCUCAUUCCAGCCCAGCAGACACCAUCCAGUCGUCUGCAGGCUUGAGCGCCGCUGGAGAUCUGAGUCUGGAGCAGCAGUCAUCUGGUUCCGCCGCCGUAGUACAUCAAGGCCUCAUUUCCCAGUCUUCGGAUGGCUUGGAGCAGCCCUCAUAUGGUGUCUCUCCUCCGGUCCCUAUACUAUCAAACGGCCCUCUCCACACUCUCGAGGACAACUUCAACAGGACCGCUCACUCCAUGGGACCUUCGGCUGAGCAAGAUACCUACCUCUUGGAUGCCUUUAGGUGUCUCAUUAUAAGCGAGAACGAUGAGAUUGAUGCCAAUAUCAUCCAGGUCUACCCAGGGGGUCCUUCAGCAGACGAUCGCCCCGUUCACUUUUUGCUCUUGGAGAAUGAAAACCCCGACUUCACCAAUGAAGCAAAGCAAAGUGCAUCGGACGGGACCGAGAGGCUGGUGUGGCCCUAUGGUGAGCGUCUAGUGCGCUUAUACUUCAAGCACGUCCAUCCCGUAUACCCUGUCGUCACCAAGGGCCGCUUCCUCGGUCAGUAUAAAAGCAACCGGAUGAAGAUACCUGCGUCAUUGCGUGGUGCAAUAUACGGCCUGGCAUGCGUCUUCUGGGACCGAGACCCUACCAUCAAAGAGGCCUGUCCUUUCCAACAACAUCAAUGCAUAGAUCACGCUCACGAGGCGCUCAGGCGUGAGCACGAAAACCCUACUCUCUUCAGCCUGCAAGCAGGCCUUUUGCUUCACCACAUCACGCCUCCCGACGUCGACAGUGUUGAGACGCCCAGCAUGUGGACCAUGACGGCACAAACCACUGCGUGUGCCCAAACAAUAGGCCUUCAUCAAGACCCUACUCGAUGGAGCAUUGAGGAUUGGGAGAAGAGGGUGAGGAAGAAGCUCUGGUGGGCGGUAUACGCUGCCGACUGUUGGUCUGCAAUCUGCCACGGCAAUCCUCCACACAUAAGCCCAACCACGUUCAGUACUCUCCCACCUGACAUGGAUGAUAUUCGAGCCGAUGAGACUGUCCCUGAAGACUUGCGGUACUUGGUUGAACCCGAGGACGCCGUCUUCCAAGCUUCAGUGGGAGCCCGAUUUUUGCAGUUUAUUAAUCUGACCAUUGUCCUGAGGGACGUGUUGGAUUGUGCCUUUCAAGUUCGACCCAAUCCAUCAACCCUCACCGAUAGAACAAUGCAACUUGUCAUGCUGAGAGAGAAGUUCAAUGAUUGGCACAGCCUGCUGCCGCAAUGCCUCGCUCUUGGUCCCGAAAGAGGCCAAGACACAAUCAGCAACUCCCCCCUGCAUCUCACAUACUACGCCACCCAGGCCCUCUUAUACCGAGGCCUCAUGUAUCCUGCCACCAGAGUGGCCAAAGCCAAUCCCGAAUCAAAUCUUCGCAAGUGGUUCGUCUCCGCUCUGACCGAGUUUCGAGGCUUUGUGGACUUUUUCAACUCCAUUACUGAGGAAGAUUUGCGUGGUUUUUGGUGUCGCCAUGCUCGGUCUCAAUUCAUCUUGUGUGGAAACUUUCUCAUCUACCUUUUCCUGCUCGCAUCUGAUCAGACACACAUUGCGGCUGCGUACCAGCUCCUGCAAGAGUUCCACCAAUCUCUAAAGCGCCUCGGGGAAACCUCCCACAAGCCCGGGAGACUCUUGAUCCGACCUGCCAGGCUCAGGCUGGAUUCCUUCUUCCGCCAGGCGGCCACAAUUCUCCGCGGGAGUGAAGCACCCGUCAUUUAG